AUGGCUAAAUCUCCGGACACAGUUCUUGACAACGGGCUUCGCUCUGUCAAUCGUUUCAUAACCGACCAUGAUGCUGAAGGCAAGGAAACAAUAUCGAAUGCGGUGCCAGAGACUUUAGUCUGGCAACAAAUGGCAAACGGCGCGCGAUUUAGCCUGGCUUAUGCUACGGAAGAGUAUCCUGUCAAUCUCAGCAACAACGCCGAUGUGUCAGUUUACCAAAAGAAUCUUGUCGAUCUUCCUGGUAUCAUCAUCCCUGGAGGCACUAUCCUUCGUGUUGUGGAUAUGGACCCAGGAUCCAUAUCACCAAUGCACCGUACCAUCAGCUUGGACUAUGGUGUAGUACUCGAGGGCGAAGUGGAAUUGAUUUUGAAUUCUGGGGAAUCAAGACUGCUGAAAAGGGGCGACAUAGUGGUUCAAAGGAGCACCAAUCAUGCAUGGAAGAAUCCCAGUCCUACCAAUUGGGCUCGAAUGUUGUAUGUUUUACAAGAAGCACUUCCAAUGCAAUUCAAUGGAAAGACUCUGGAAGAGGAUUACGGUGGUGGUAUGGAUGACGUUAAAAAGUCUUCAAAAGAUUAG